UCAACAUUGGUUCAGUCCAGUUAUAUUAAAUUCUAGUUGGACCCAAAUUUGCCUUGAAUUCACCCCCAUUUUCUUCUUUUCUCUUCUCCUCUGUAUCAGAUCUUCAAUUCUACCAAUAUGCAGACAUUCAAUUCUACCGGCUUUCUCUCUCCUCUCUCAUCGACUCUCUCCCUGUGAUCCAAGAGGAGAGAGAAAAAAAAAACCCAUUUUGAUUCUUGACUUUCUUGGCACUAAUUUUUGUUAUUCAAUUCCAUCUGUACAUUAUAUUUACAUAUUGAUAUAUAUAUAUAUAUAUACAGAGAGAGAUAGAGUGAAAGGGGAGGAGAGAGAUGGGUAUCCAGGGAAAUGGGAAGAGUGGUACCAAGAAAUACAGGAGGAUGGAUUCUGAUUUUUGGGAAGGAGAAGAAGAAAAAGAAAAAGAAAAACAUAAUCUCUCUCGUUUUGAUAAGCAUCAUCAGACAAAAAUUACCAAAAACACCAAGAAAUAUGUUUUUGCAUGUGCCAUCUUUGCCUCCCUCAACUCUGUUCUUCUUGGAUAUGAUGUAGGCGUUAUGAGCGGUGCAAUUCUAUUUAUUCAAGAGGAUUUACACAUAAACGAGGUUCAAGAAGAAAUCCUUAUCGGAAUUCUAAGCAUAAUUUCAUUGUUGGGUAGUUUAGCCGGGGGAAAAACAUCUGAUGCCAUAGGUAGAAAAUGGACAAUGGGUUUUGCAGCCGUUGUGUUUCAAACCGGGGCCGCUAUAAUGGCUCUUGCUCCAUCUUUCACCAUAUUGAUGAUAGGCCGGCUCUUGGCUGGGGUUGGGAUAGGUUUUGGAGUCAUGAUCGCACCGAUAUACAUUGCUGAGAUUGCGCCAGCCGUCACGAGAGGUUCACUAACCUCCUUCCCUGAGAUCUUCAUAAACCUUGGAAUCCUCCUUGGUUAUGUCUCGAAUUAUGUGUUUUCGGGGCUUCCAUCCCAUAUAAACUGGCGAAUCAUGCUUGGCGUGGGGAUCCUCCCCUCGGUUUUUAUCGGGUUUGCGCUUUUUGUCAUCCCCGAAUCCCCUAGGUGGUUGGUAAUGCAAAACCGGAUCGAGGAAGCAAGAUCGGUGCUUUUAAGAACAAACGAAAGUGAAAAAGAAGUCGAGGAUAGAUUAGCUGAAAUACAGCUAGCCGCGGGCCAUGCUAACACUGAGAAGUACGAGGAGAAAGCCGUGUGGCGUGAGUUGUUAAAUCCUUCUCCCGGAGUUCGACGAAUGCUAAUCACCGGCUGUGGAAUCCAAUGUUUUCAACAAAUCACAGGUAUUGAUGCAACGGUAUAUUAUAGCCCUACGAUCUUCAGAGAGGCGGGGAUCAAGAAUAACACGCAGCUUCUCGCUGCAACUGUUGCUGUUGGAUUUACAAAAACUAUGUUCAUCUUGGUAGCUAUAUUUCUCAUCGACAAAGUGGGUCGAAAGCCAUUGCUCUAUGUGAGCACAAUUGGAAUGACUACUUGUUUGUUCGGUCUAGGCCUAACUCUAUCUUUACUUGGGGACGGCCAAAUUGGUGUAAAAUUGGCAAUUUUAUUGGUAUGUGGGAAUGUUGCUUUCUUUUCAGUGGGACUAGGCCCAGUUUGUUGGGUCUUGACAUCCGAAAUCUUCCCUCUCAAGCUACGAGCACAAGCCUCGGCUCUUGGGGCAGUUGGGAGUAGAGUCAGUAGUGGAGUCAUCGCCAUGUCUUUUCUAUCUGUUUCUCGUGCAAUUACAGUGGCGGGAACGUUCUUUGUCUUUGCAGCGAUAUCAUCUCUCGCUGUCGCUUUUGUUUACACUUGUGUUCCGGAAACAAAAGGAAAGUCUUUGGAGCAAAUCGAAAUGUUGUUUCAGAACGAGGGACAAUGGCGGGGAGGUGAAUUGGAGCUUGAAGAUACCGAGCACCUAGUGCACAAGCAAUGAUUAUUAGUGAGGAUAUGUGUUUGUUACCCUAUAGGAGGUGAGGUGCUGCUCUGUUUGGUUUUGUUUUUAGAAUAUGUUUUCUGAAAGAAUACUAAAAAUUGGGUGAUAUUUUUGUGCAAAACAGAAAACUACCGAAAUGAUGAGUGUUUUUGAUUUUUUUUUUUUCCCAUUAUUUUUUCGCCAAAUUAGUUUUUAGUGUUUUCCAGAAAACGUAUUCAAAAUGAAACCACACAGAAAAUGAGGAUGUUGCAACUAGAAAAUUACGUGGUUUCAUACCCAUACUUGAACAUGUCCAAGGGUUAAAUACAUCAAUUCCUUUAAGAUUCAUCUACAUUACAAGCCUGCAAAGAUUUGAGUUGAAAUUAUGUGGCUUUCACAAGUAGGAAAUAAGAUUUUCAGUUUGUAUUCGGCUCUCUUCUCUACAUGUUUUAGAUAAAUAUUGUAAGAUAUUUGGAGGCCUAUACAGAUUGAUACUGAUCUAUAAAUUUUGAUAAAGUUGUUUUAUUUUUACGCCUGUUCGAGGUUUAUGUAUUGGACGUGUUUUCUUCUUUUAAUUUUUACAGUUUGUGUACUUUUUUGAUCGUCGAAUCACCUUCUGGACGUAUAUUUUGAUGAAAUCUGGUUUUAUUUUUAUGCCUGUUCGAGGUUUAGUUUAUGCAGUAGACACAUUUUCUUCUUUGAAUAUGUAUAAUUUGUGUAUUUUGAUUGCAAAAUCGCCCCCUAGUUGUAACUUUUGCUGUUUUGUUAAUCGCUGUUCAUUUAAUGUGUUUAGAAUACAAAAUUUAUUCAGUAGUAUUUGUAGGCCUAUAAAUUUUGACAAAAUAUUGUUUUAUUUUUAUGCCUUUUUGAGGUUUAUGCAUUGGACCUUAUUUCUUCUUCGAAUUUCUACAAUCUGCGUUUUUUGAUAUCAGAAUCACCCCCUUCUUUGAAUUUGCGCAAUUUGCGUUUUUUGAUAGCAGAAUCGCCCCCUAGACAUAUAUUUGCAGGUAUUGUUUCGCUAAUCUCUAUUCAUCUGACAUGUUUAGGAUAUGAGCCCACAACUUGAAUGUUUCCAAACUCAACAAAUCAAAACAAUAAAAACACAGAUUUUGGUAAAACAAACAUGGAAAAAAUGAGUAAAUGAUCAGGAAGACAACGAAAGCGAAAGCCAAUAAAAGGCCACAUGCACUGGAAAACGACAUGAUAUGAAGGUAAGGACUGCUCAUAAAACUCAAAGAAAGUUUUUUUAACUCACUCGAACAAUAAUUUCUGGUGGUUGAUUUCUGUUACUUAGGUUUGUUUUUUUACCAAUCCUUCUGUAUGAAUGGUUAUAACUAUCACAAGUUCCCUCUAACUGGGCAUACAAAAGACAAAUAGAAAACAUGUUGGCCUUACUAUGGACCAUGGAGCACAUGCCAACCAAAAAAAUUUACACCCCCUACUAUGGACCAUUGAGCAAUGAUGUUACAAAAGUUCUGUUUGUUUUUUGUUUUUAUUUUCAAGCAAAAUACUGACUUGUUUGGUGAAUUGUUUGCGAAAAUUGUUAUUCACAUUUGUUCUAAAAACAAUCCACUUUUCAAGAAAUAUCAGAAAGUUAUUUUUAAAUUUUCAAAAAUUGUUAGAGCAUCUCCAAUGACAAGCUAUUUGAGCUGCCAUUGUCAAAAUUUGACAAGAGUUUUAAAAAAUGUUGCUCCAAUGGGUUGUUAUAACUCCUGCCAAAUUUGGCAAAUGCCAUUUCAUCUUGCAAGUUUGGCAGUAUUCGGCAACAAGUUUGGCAAUUGCCAAACUUGCCACAUCAUUCAAAUAAACAAAAUUUGUCUCCAAAAUUUUCAACAUACCAAAUACAGAAUCACCAAAUUUUCUAUUUUCC